AUGAAGCAAAUUUCUUGCCGAAUCCGGAAUUUUCCGACUAAUUUGUUACUCUCGGAAAAUUGCGAAGAUCUGGAAAGCAAACUGAUCUCCAACGAACGAACAUCGCAUCAUAAGGUUAAGAAGUGUAUUCUGCUCAUUCCAGGCAAUCCUGGAGGAUUAUCUUACUACACUCCAUUUUGCGAACGUCUCGAGUCGCAUUUGGAUGAUGAUGUCAAGGUCCUUGCGAUUGAUCACUUCGGACAUUGUAAAGUUCAAUCUUGGGUUGAUAGCAUCAAAGGAACCUUCAGUCCAGCAAGUUUGUCGGACCAAAUGGACCACAAAAAGGCGUUUGUGGAAGACCACCUUCCCAGCGCCGAAUCAUUAGUGAUAAUUGGACAUUCGAUUGGUGCUUUGAUGAUGCUCAAACUGGUUGCUAGUUUGAAACAGAACAGCCGAUUUGAUUCCGUCUGUGGCAUUGGACUUUUCCCGACGGUGGAGAGAAUGGCAGAUUCGCCGAUGGGAAAGAAGAUGACCCCUGUUUUUGCGUACCUUCGGUGGUUUGCUGUCUUUUUCGCAGCAAUUUUUGCUGCACUGUUACCGAAAUCUUUGAGAUUAAAAACUUUGCGCUGGUACUUCGGACCGAAAGUUGAGGAAAAUUCCAUCAUGGCAACUGAUGACAUCGCUUGCGCAAGAGCUGUCAGCGGAAUUAUGAACAUGGCGCACUAUGAGAUGCGAGAGGUUGCCGAGCUUGAUGUCAAGCUUAUUGAAGAUACAUGCGACUCAGUAUUUUUGUACUAUGGCUCAAGAGAUGCUUGGACUCCGAGAAGUUAUUAUGAAUCUAUAAAGAAAACAGUUCCAGGCGUGAAAGCAAAAAUUUGCGAUAAAAAAUUUGCCCACGCGUUCGUCUUGAGACAUUCUCUUCCCGUUGGUGAUAUGUGCGCUGGUUGGGUCAAGCAAAUAUUCGAUGAUCCAACGAAGGCUUUUGAUAUGAUGUCGGAGUCAGGUAUGAAACGUGUUGAAUUCAACGCAUUCUUACGCGACGGGUGGAACAAAGAAUGGAUCUUUCAAUUCACCAAUUGCCGAAUUUUGAAAAAUCAUGAUUUAGCGGAGGGGGAUUUAUUCAUUCAGCAUGGGGUUAUCCUUGAACCAAAGAGCUUGUUUUAUGGGAACAAAACUAAGGCAGAUUUCAGAGUGGAUUGCGGAGGGUCUAUCUUAUCGUAUGGUUUCAUCGAUCUUCAAAUAAAUGCCUGUUCGAAAAAUACUUUAACAGGAGCAUUCGGAGUUGACUUCUCAGAUCUUACCAAAGAUAUUUCCGCCGGAGUAAAGGGAGUUGCUCAGAAACUUCUUUCGCAUGGCGUCGUGGCGUUUUGCCCCACCAUUGUCACGUCGCCUCCGUCAGUUUACCGAAAGUUUUCUCCGAAUAAAAUCGUUUGUCAUCGACAUAACAUUUCAAUUCAGCUGAGGAAUUUGACAGAACUGAAAACUCGAGGAGGUAUCGAAGGAGCAGCUGUACUUGGAUUCCAUUUGGAGGGACCAUUCAUAUCUCCUCAAAAGAAAGGAGCCCACCCGAUCGAAUAUAUAUUGCCGAUUUCAAACGGGCGUAUUACCGCACAAGAAAUAUUCGGUUCUAAACUAAGCAAUGUGGCAAUUGUAACUCUUGCUCCAGAGUUAUCGGGAUCCCUAGAUGCAAUUGAGUGGCUUUCUGGAGAAGGCGUGCUAGUCAGUUUGGGACAUUCUAUGGCGUCACUCACCGAAGCAGAAGCGGCUGUAAAUUCUGGUGCUAGAUUAAUUACUCACUUAUUCAAUGCGAUGCCCCCGUUCCAUCAUCGAGAUCCCGGUCUAGUUGGAUUACUGGCGUCUUCAAAGUUGGCUCCAGGAAGCAACGCAUAUUUUGGAAUAAUUUCUGACGGAAUACACACCCAUCCAGCGGCUAUUCGCAUAGCGUAUCGCGCCGAUUUCGAUGGACUAGUUCUGGUCACUGAUGCGGUGCCCGCGAUGGGACUUGACGAUGGCGAGUAUGAGAUGGGCUCGUUGCAUCUAGUUAUCAAAGGAGAGCGUGCAACGGUUAAAGGGACUGAAACACUGGCUGGCUCGAUUGCCUCUCUGGAUAUGUGUGUCAGGCGCUUUUUAAAAUCUGCCCGUUGUUCGGUGGUCGAAGCACUCGAAGCAGCCAGCCGACAUCCUGCUGAAGCUCUUCGUCAGUACCCACGCAUGGGAACGCUUGAACCUAGUAGUCAAGCCGAUUUUGUGGCACUAUCAGAUGAUUUGGAUGUAUUAUGCACUUUCAUCGAAGGUCGUUGUGUGUACCAGUCUCCUAGUGUCUCAGAAUUCAUAGUUUACGAUCUUCGGGACUAGUAUUCGUGAACAAAGUCUUUCUUUCGCUGAAACGGGUCUCGUUCGACGAUACUGUACUAUUUUCAAUAUUUCAAUUCUGACGUAUUACGAGUAUCUGAAUUAAGCCGCCCAAGACGCGUUAUCUCUUAAGAAAA